AUGACAGCAUUAUCGCAAUCUCGAAAUUAUUUUAAUUUAUCAUUAAAAACCAAAUUAUUAUUUGGUCUCAUUUUUUAUAUUGGACAAUUGAAUGACACACAUCCUGCAUUGUAUGAUCGUUAUUUAUCAUUAACAGUAAAUAACGGAUAUGUGGAAUUUUCAUAUAAAUUACAGAGUAACAGAAAUGCAAUUAUUCUCAAAUCUAAACAGCGAAUUGAUGAUGGACAAUGGCAUCGAAUUGAAAUAAGAAGAAUUGCUCGUUAUGCAACGUUGAAAAUUGACAAUGAAAAUCUUAUACAAAAAAUUGCCCGUAAUAUAAAAAGAUCAAGUAAUUUAACGUUUGAUUCAGAUGGUUAUUUAUAUAUGGGCGGUUAUCGUCGAUUAUGUGUACAUUAUCCAGAACACUAUUGUCAACCAUUUCAAGGUUGUAUACAAAGUUUUCGAAUUGAUAAACGUCAUUUAAAUAUGAUUCAAGAUGAAAAAAGCAUUUAUACUCUAAAUAAAAGACAAACAAUUCGAACAUGUGAAAUAUAG